AUGGAUCCGUUGACGGAUUGCCCCGUUUGCUUCGAGACCUACGAGGAGGAGCCCGAGGGCGAGCGCCCGCCUCCGGUGGGCCGUCAUUGGGCGGUGAAGUUAGACUGCUGCCAGCAGUCCCUGUGCUGCCACUGCCAGGUCUGCCUGGCGCGGUGCCCCUUUUGUCGCACCCGGUGGCAUCCCGAGGAGGACAAUGGCGAUGGGGAACACUUCUGGCAGCGGAGGAGCUUUCCCAAUCCCAUCCUGACCGUUUGGGGCACGACCUUGGCCUUUGACGCUAUUCGCGUCAUGGCCUCUGCUGGCAUCUCAGGCGUCCGCACACUGGCGGCGGCCGCCGCCGCCACGGCCGCGGAAGCGUCCCCGGUGGUGAUUGCUGGCGGGGCGGCGGGCGCGGUGGCGCUGGCAGGCACGAUGGCGCUCUACCAGGCCUCGCAGCACCGGCCCCAGCACGCCGCCAACCUGGCGGCGCAGGUGCAGAGCCGGGGCCGGCACCGCCUGGUGCUGCUGGACGAGGGCUCCGGCUCCGCGUGGAGCAAGUUGGUGUGCCGGCUCUGGGACGCCGUGCAGUGGCACAUCCUCCCCAUGUGGGAUGGUAUGCCUCACGUGUACACGGGCUCGCCGUGGCGUAACGAGGGGAGAAUGCGCCACCGGCAGCGCCUGCACGAGCUGGUGAACGGGGAGAGCCGCGCCGCCGGGAGCGAGGAGGACUCGCGCUUCGCGGAGAAGCGGCUCUGGGGUGACCUCGCCUUUUGCUUCAUGCUCUGGCUGGACUACAACCCCCACACGCCCAACUGGGGCUCCUGCAUCUCCUACGGCUUGCCCCCGAUGCAUCUCUGCUGGCACAACCGCUGGCGGGAGGACAUGCGUCACGUGGUCAGCGACUUCGCGCGGUACUUGCAUAGCGACUACAUCCAGGAGGCGGUGCCCGAGAAGCAGCGGAGCUGCGCCGCCUGCCUGGUGGCCAUGCUGGACCACGUGCUCUCUUGGGAGCUCUCCGUGCGAUCGCCGCCGCAACCCGCGGCCCCCACCGCGCCGCGGCUCCGCGCGCCGCGGCUCCGCGCGCCGGGCGGCGCGGCCCGCGGCGCGGCGCUCGCGGCCGUGCCUUUGGGUGCGGCGCUGGGGCGGCGCGUGGCGCGCCGGGCGGAGGCGGAGCCGAAGGCGGAGGCGAAGGCGGAGGCGAAGACGGAGAAGGUGGAGCCGUCCCAAGAGUCCGAAGAGUCCGAGGCGUCCGAGGCGGAGACGGCCAUUGAAAAGCGGGAGGCGGAGCCCGCGGAGAUGGAGAAGGCGCCGAAGCUGCGGGUGAAGCGAGAGGUCUUCGACCCCAAAGGGGAGGUUGGGGCCGUGGACCCGCUGGGCUACUUCGACCCCCUGGGCUUCUGCCCCAUGGGCGACGAGGGCCGGUUCCGACAGAUGCGGGCGGCGGAGCUGAAGCACGGCCGGGUGGCGAUGCUCGCCUCUGUUGGCCUGGUGGCCCAAUGCUACAUCCGCCUGCCGAUCCUCGGCUUGAAGGAUUCCCCGGCCGGGUACAAGGCGGCUCUGCUGAUUCCCUCGCUGUGGAUGUUUGGCAUGGUGGUGAUCGCCUCCAUGCUGGUCGAGUGGCUCUGGUGGAAGGAGGACCCCUGGAAGGAGCCCGGGAACUUUGGGGACCCGCUGGGCCUGGGCAUGUACGACAAGGACAUGAGGAACAAGGAGCUGAACAACGGGCGCUUCGCCAUGUUCGCCACCUCGGGGAUCCUGGCGGCGGAGCUGCUCACCGGCAAGACUGCAGCGCAACAGCUUGGACUGUGA